AUGGCCAUGGCGGAGGCAAAGUGGUCUGAACUACCUACAGAACUUGUCAAUCUGAUAUCACAACGAAUCGACAACGAUCUCGAUCUCAUUCGCUUUCGAUCAGUUUGUUCCAACUGGCGCAACUCUUCCAUCUCGAUCUCAUUACCUUUUUAUAAGUUACAAUUACAAUCUCCCUCAUGUACACUCUCUAAACACAUCAUCCUCCUUAUCAAACCACCACCACCACAAAAACAAGACCAAGAAACUCUCCAACCUUGGUUGAUAAGAAUUUCCAAAAACUCACAUGGAGAAACACAACUCUUCCACCCACUCCUACCACGUGACUCGAGAGACUCUUAUAGUUUUCCUUACGUACUUGACUUCAACAAACUAUCCACUGUCCACUUGGGAAACCACUUCUUCUUUAACACUCCCAGCAGAGAUGAUGCUCCGUCCCAAUAUAAACAGUAUAUACGCAUGAUGUUUGGACGUCGAAUAAUGCCUUUUGAUUCUGGACAAACGGUUGUUGCUGUAACAUGCCAUGGGAAAAAACCUCUUGCUCUCGGCAUAUUGAACGAUAAAGGCCAUCCGGUACUAUUCCAUUGCCGCAAAGAGGUUUGGACAAAGAUCCCUUGUAUGCCAACGUUCUUUCAUGACAUGUGUGUGUUUAAAAAGAGGUUUUGUGCAGUCAAUAAAAUUGGUCGAACAUUUGCGUUUGGACCACCACCAGACUAUAGUGAGCAGUUGGUGGCUGAGUAUAUUGAUGAUGGAGGAGGGGAGAUGAAAUUCCUGGUAGAGAGUGAGGAGGGUGAUGAGUUGUUCCUAGUGGACAUAUAUGACCGACAUUGUUUUGGUUUCCCGGCGGCCGGUGAAGAAGAUGGUUUAAGGCUUAAUGUGUUUAGGCUGGAUGAGAAGGAGAAGAGAUGGGUCAAGGUGACGAAUUUAGGGGAUAGAGUGUUGUUCUUAGGGAAUAGAUGUUCGUUUUCUGCUUCUAUCCCUAAAGGAGGGAAUUGUGUCAUCUUCAUUGAUGAAGCCUUCCUCUCUUUUGACAAGAUGCAUUGUGGAAUGUGUGUUUUUCAGUUGGAUAAUGGUCGUCUUUCACCUUUGUCUGAUUAUCCACACUAUAUCAACUUGUUCUGGCCACCUCCGGAUUGGAUCGUCAAAUUAUGUUCCACCCCCAAACUGGAUCUGGAUCAUCAAAUGUAG